UUACAGAUUCCAUCAGGCGCGUUCUCCAUCCGCUUCUCAACUCCUCCUUCCAAAUUCAGCUCGCUCCCCACGUUACCCACUUCUUCUUCUUCCUUUUACCGGCGGGCUUCGUCGUCCUUCUGCCGGAGUAAAGCGGUUAAUCUACUCCCCUGUAGGUCGUCGGAGUUGGACGACGCGGCGCCGGCGGGCGAGGAGGAGGAGGACGAGGAUUGGCGGAAGAGGGCUCCGGACAAGAAGAAGCCGCUCUACUCGCACAGCCUGCCUUGCAUCGAGGGCUAA